AUGGCUAACAUCACUGGUGUUACUGCUGGUGACUCCACCAAUCUGUUCGACGACUGGUGGCAGUUUGUUCUAAUUGCCUUCAUCCUCUUCUCUGUGGCAGUGGGCUCGGUAUACCUUCUAUUUAUUGUGUCUUCGCACUUUUAUAGACGCUGGAGAAAACGCAGGUCAAGUGCCAGGACCAUUUCUUCCUCCGUAAAGAAAUAUAUCUCGAAUGCCGCCCAGAACCUCUCCAAUUGUCGGAUUGAGCCGGUAGAAGUCAAACCUACAAGCUAUGGGAUUUAUCUCGGUGAAUUUGACUAUCCUCCGAACGAAACCCAAAUUAAGCUACUGGCACAAUGGGAUCUGCUCAUAUUCGAUCCAUUGCAACAUGGCAUUGUCAAAGCUAUGUUGUCUGGAGAGUACCGGCUACCACCGCAAGGGCUCGCUCGGCUUGAUGUAGAGUUUGUAGCUGGCGACAUAUCGAAGAAGCCGAUCGUCUCGGUCCUAGAAUGGCUUACAAACUUGAUGGGGGCUUGCAAAGUAAUAUCAAAUCACCAAAAUGUUGUUACCGGCAUUCUCAUCAGCAACUGGGAAGGCCACUUUACGGCCCCCCUUUUAAAAGAGUUUAUAUACCUUGCUACUUCACUUGGCCUUUCGGCCUACCUUGAAGCUUCUGCUCCAAAAUUCCUCUCAGAUCCCAAGUUAGCAGAACUCAGCGAAGUUAGAGGAAUAGUGAUACGCAAUGGAACCAUUUCGGAAAAUGGCGAAGAACGGGAUGCAUUUCAGAUGGCCGAGAUGAGACCAACGAUUAAAGCCUUUGUAUCCCAAGCUUGUCUGCGUAGUUUUGUUGUUCUGCUUUGGGAAACACUUGAAAAUGAUGUGACACCCUUAAAUGCGGUUGUCAAGAGAAGCUAUCAGUGGUCGAGAUUCUACAGCGCGCUACCAUGGAUUGGUUCAAAAUCUGCUCUCAUAUCAGCCGACUUAUCUCUUGACCAGAGGGAACCCUUAGGUGCCUUUGACUGGCUAAAAGAGCUACGGGUCAUGAAGCUCCAUGAUAAAUGGCGGUCAAAUCAAACAGUCGCUCCGAAUUAUCUUCCACAGCAUGCAGAUUCUAUAAAUCAACUGCAUCAGCUCCUUUCUACUUACGCUGAUCCGUCUAGCGAGGUGGUGAGAUCUCUAAAUUUUACAGAGCGCUCUAGCAUCAGUUCAGCAAGCAUUGUGGACACACAAAGUGUAAAUUGUUGGUCUUCUAAUACCAUGAGGUCGAUUGCGCCUAGUGAAUCAUCAACUCCUGGUGGCACAUUCAAUCGAACCUCCGUCUCCCUUGGCUCCCUGAGCUGGCUCUCUCUCGUGGAUACGAAAGCUCGCCAUGCGAUAUCGGCUUCCCCGAAAGGCUCCUCGUAUGACUAUUUGGGCUGUUUCUCUCUCGGAUUUGAUGUAACGAAGAAGGCGUUUGUUGAUGUUGUCCAAUCACAACGGCGAUUCAAGGAGAUGAAGCUACUAGAUGAAAUACAGCCACCGGCGUUGCAUGAGAUAGGGAAGACUUUGCAGAGCUUUUGUAAUGCGGUGGUCGGGCAGGAUGCAGCCCAUGUGUUUGAUUGGCUUGAAGCAAUACAAGAGUUGGCCCAACAACUGUGCACCGCGGCUCCCGAGCGCCCCAAUUCAGUCCGAGCAUAUAUAGGGCUUGACCAAGGGUUCCAGAUUCAACCAGGAUUUCGCUUUUGGGGAGUUUAUUCCCUCGACGAUGACUUGACCUUGGAUAUAUUUUUAUCCAGAAACGCACAGGACAUUGCAGGGGCGAUUGUGCAUACCUUCCUUUCAAGUCGGGGCUGCCCGAGGUACGAAUGCUUUCAGGCCGAAAUGUUAUUCUCUGAAUGGUCAAAGAGUCUUGAUGUGCACUCCAGUCUACCCCCGAGGCUUCGACACGACCUUAGUCUCCUAUCCCCAACCGAGCUACUCAAGUUUCUUCAGCGUCUCAACCUAUCCCCGGCCACUGGCGACGUCUCUUUGAUUAGUUUGAUCCGUACGGCUUGCGAGGCACAACUGCUAGACUCAACAGACUUCACCCAACUCAAGGAAAUAAGCACGACUGGCUAUCUUAGCGGGCGUGCCUCCCCACAUGAGCUUAUUAACUCCCGCAUUUGGUGGUAUCGGCAAAACAGGUGUCAACAUUCCAGCGAGACAAUAGCUCUAGAUAAUUUUCGCCAGGUCCACAUCACGAUCACAAGAAUGCUCAAGGAGAGAAAUAUUGCCGACCUUCGAAGAAUUACCGAUAGUUUGGCGACUGUUUUGGAUGGGGACAAGAUUGAUUCGCGCGUUGAUCUUAUUGCGUUCUCUAUAUUCUGUGCCAUGAGAAAGCACGCUUUCGAUGAAGCAUAUAUGGAAGUGACGGACCGCAAUACUCUCUUUAACGAUCAGAGUGACCAAGCUGCGGCAUUUGCAGAGCUUUUUGCCACUGGCGCACGAUGCGAGGCAUAUUUCGACCUCACUCCAAGCGCAUUUGGCAAACUGCUUUCCGAUCGAUAUCGAGCAUAUCAUCACAAGGUUGGCCAUGAGCCCCCUAUCUGGUCAGAUCUCGAUCCUACCACUCCGUCAGCAUAUGCGGCAGCCAAAAUCGAUGUCGAUCCGGACUCUAAAAAAUCAUCGAUGGCUGCUCACCAAAGAUUCACUUUCCUAAGUGUAUUCGCCAUUCCCGCGUUGUUAGAUAUCAUCUUACUCACCACAACUGGUAGAGGGUUGUACUUGAGCGGGCGCAUGAGCUACGAUGAGCAACAUUCGGCUACUUUGGCGUUAAUGAUAUCCCUGCUCAUAUCUGGUGCAGUUGGUACUUGGAUCACAUGUGGCGGAUCUUACUACCUCAUAUCCAUGGCUUUCUCAGCUAUGAACAUGUUUGUGUUAACUAGGCUGGUUGGUGGCCUUGCUUUUACCCUCGCAGUUGCUACGAUCGGUUUUGCAAUUGUUGGGGCUACGAAUGGCAUAAUAGCGGGAAUAAUAUUCUUUCUUUAUCUCGUUGCCUUAACGUCCUACCUCUGCCUGCUUGCAACCUUAGCAAACUUUCAAUACCCUGGCUCUGCGUUCCAAUCAGGCCGGCCGGUAAUCAUUAUGGUGGUCCCGUUUUUAUUCAUUUCUCCCAUCAUUACGAUUUGGAUCGACCAUGACAUUUACGUCUACCUUUCAGUUCUCUACGUCUUCCUUCUCCUGCUCGUGAUUGGCGUCCGAUACACUGGUUCUCGCUGGACAACUUGGUACUUGAAUAUCGAAAAGCUUACUGAUCAACGCCUACGCGAGUGGUACAUUGAAACCCAGGAGGAUGGCAAUGAAAAAGCGCUAACUGGUAUGACGGAUCCUGCGGUACUCAAGUUGGCAAGAGCUGCAAUCCUACGAGAAGUGACAGAGGCCCGAAGACGAUUUAGAAGAAAACCCCACGAUCCUCUGGUGGGGUCACUAGCCAAAAGUUAUGAUGCGACUGUCUUCCUGCUGGAGUGGUAUAGUGGUUACUCUGGAACUCCACUGCCAAUGCCGUAUUCCUCGACUUGGAACAUGCAAACAAAGGUGGCCUUACAGACACUUCAACAGCUACAGACUGGCAUUCGUCUUCACAACGCAUUCAUACAUUGGCGCCAGGCCGGAGACGAGGUUGGAUGUAGUCUUCUUUAUUUCAUUGUCGCUCUCCUUGACAAAUGGUCCUCGCUCCUCGAUGGCGGUCAACUAUUAGGAUUGUCAGCUCAAAAUCUCAACUACCGCAUGCCAGUUGGAUUUGCACUUGCGUACUAUUUGAUUGGAGCGGUUCUGUUAGACUUCAACGCGAAUAAACUUCAUAAAAUGACUGCCAAAGGGCAGAAUAUGCUUAUCGGAAAUUUAUCAUCCAUUCCAGAAGCCGUAAGAAGAGAAGUUCGCGCCAGACGCAAUCUCUACUGGACUAUGCUUGGCCGCUACCUUCUUUUCCAUGUGUGGAGUUUGGCGGUGGCUUCCACUUUACUUUGGGUAUUUGAUGGCUCAAGAGACUCAACAACAUUAUUCAUCGGUUAUGUUGUGGCUUAUACAGGUUUGCUUUGGUAUCAGUAUACGAAGAUCUUCACUGGCCCACGAAGUCUCAAACCCCUGCUUGUUGCUGUUGCUAUUGGUCUACCAUUAGGACAGAUUCUGAGGAAAAAGUUCCCAGGUUUCAUGUAUUGCGACACAGUUACGCUUGGUACCGCUACCUGGACUGCGGCAUUUUUGUCACUUUACUACGCUCGGAUAAAGAUGAAAUCUAUCCACAAGGAAGGCCACUCCGCCGCUUCGGAUCACGGUUAUAGCAAGCUGGCGCCUGGCGGUGUAUAUAACAGCUUUACUAACCCAGGGAAGGACCCAUUAUUGUCACAGGACGAGUUACGGAUCAUCUUCCACAAUCUUCGCGCCAUGCGCGAUGAAGAGCGUUAUCAGAUCGAUCCACAAACUCAUCCUGGCUUGGAGAUCAAGUCCGUCCUAUUGCAUGCCCUUGGUAGCUUGCGGGACCCUCGUACAGCAUUAUUAAAGUUUGCCCUUGAGGCUUUCCCCGAGGCAGAGGAGCUUUUGGAACUUACCACAUUUGCUUUUGAGCGUGGCACUGUUAUUGUCGACUGCGUUUCUAUGGCUGCCAUGACGGACGCUUUUCCGGAUGUGAAAGCCGUCAGUCAUUUUGCUGAAGGCCAUCUUCGUAUUGUAGUGGGCUGCGAGAUGAUGCAACAGGAGCAGGAACAAUCCAAACCAUUUCGAGGACACUGUACUAACAGUACCUUUAGUACGGCGGAAAUUCUUGUUCAUGCUGUUGCGGAAACGUUCAUGGAGAUGAACAACGAGGAUGCCUGCCUUGCAGAGUCUUUGUUGGUUUCAGCACCUACUACUGGACAGGCCCAGCCUUCACCGGUGCCAAGCCGGGUAAAAGACUACUUAGCCCUUUCGAAGUCAUCAUCAACUCGGGCAAGGGAUUUGGCACGAUUUCUCGACGGCCAGACUCUCAAAUACUUGGCACUACAACUAGAUCCGGAAACUCAGUGGGAUCGCCUCCCUCGUGAAAUUCGAGAAUUGGCGAUUAGAAGAUGCGUUGGCCAGGAGGAAGCCUUAACCCAAAUACAAAACGAAUGGCUUAUCUUCAAUCAAGCGCACGGAAUCCAAGUCAAGACUUUCCUUACGCGGUGCAAUUAUGGAGCUUAUAUCGCCAUGUCAAGCCGAAAAUACGCCCUUGGGGCAAGAAACGAAGUUUCCGAUGAGAAAUUAUACCACGAAGAUUCUUUAGAGUCUCUCAACUUCCUCCGCGUCAAGCCACCAUCUUCAAAUUCCACGACACGAGAGUUUAUUAGACGAUCAAAAGUGCCAUUCAGUUUUAUUUAUCAUAAUUUAGGGGUUUGCCUUAAGCUCUUGGCUAUUGCUUUCGUCGCCGAACCUGAGUUUCAGCGCGAGCUGAGUUAUGCUUUACAUUCAAGCAACAAGGUAGUCCGCUCUGUAGUCAUGUUCAUUGCGACAGGUAUUUGGAAGUACACCAAGUUUAUCCAAGAUCUGGUAAUGCCAAUAUUCUUGUUCCACGGCCGAAAGGAUAUUAGCACACUUUGGAGCCUCAUUGGGGGGUCUACCAUAUCGCUUAAGCGCCAAAGGAUUGCUAUUGAUAACACCGAAGGAUCAUCGACUGCAUUCAUUCGAGCGCCGUAUGGCAGAGCAGGAACCUUCAAGGUCCAUCAAUAUGCUGGGAAACUCGACAAGGAACCCGAGAGCACCGGGAAGCUUCAGCGAAUCAGCACCUACAACAAAGCUAUGCUGCUACUGCGAAGAGAAGAAUAUUGGAAUGGUGUCAGGGGUAACGUGUAUACAUAUGAGUACCCCACCGAACGUCCGAUAACAGGCCGGAAACGACUUUCAAAGGUCCGCAACCCACGAUAUCCGAUUUCACGACGAUGCAUUGAAGGGAAGGACCAAAGCGAAGAGGUUAACUUUAAUUUCCGAGGCCUUAUCCAAAGUGGUUCAUAUAUCCUCCAUGGGAGUUUAAUCCGCUUUAGCUCCCAUUAUCGGCAAGGGAGUGACUUCGAGGAUGAACUUCUGAGAGCUGAGUUCGUGCUACCUCACCUAACUUGCACAGUUUCUUGGUCGGCACCGCCUGCCACUCACCCGGAAAAGCUGGACAAAUGGAUACCGCACUCCCAGGUCACAGAGGCAACCUUCGUCCUCGAAGCUGAUGUCUACGAAUCUCACUGGAGCUAUGAUCAUAAAUUCCAUCCCACGAUUCACACAACCCUCAAUGGCGAGCCCAUUGAAACCCCGUCGAUUAUUCAGUGGGAUCAUCUCGGUGUCCUAAAAAAGCCGUCUAAAUCUAGUUUUCAUCAUGAUGACCCUCUUAUAAAUUUCAAGUCCCUCAGUUCUCAUGCGCUGCCUAGAUGGCUGGGCCUCAAUACACAUCGUAACCCGGUCUCCACGUCCCGCGCUCGAUCAAGAUUAUGGAAUGCAUGGAAGAACACACCUGGCUUUGAUGGGGUCAUGGUAAGAUGGUUGGAUGAGAUAUUAUUGAGGAAGGAGCCUUUGCUGCGACCGUACUGGCGGAGACGAGACCGUGGAAAUCUUGCAUCGGCGGAAACGUUUCUCAACGAAAAUGCAGAUGGCAUUGUGGCAACCGUCGACUUGGAUAACUCCAUCUCUGGCUGGGCGCCGCUAGCAAUGAAAAUUGCGGAUCUGUAUAGUUUUGGACAGGGCGGUGAUGCGAAUAGCAGAACAAGAUCAAAAGAUCCUGACUUCGACAACGAUGGGCUACAAGUCCUUGCGGUAGAUUCUGGUACUUGGCCAAAUGAAGGUGGAGGUGUGUCGGCCUGCCGAAGAGAUAUGAUUAACAACCUUCGUUCUGUCAACUGGCAUAUGAUUGCGGAGUCCGCCAAUGACUUUGGACUUCCAAAGCACCAGACCGAAAUGAAUGUUCGUAGCCUCAAAGUUAUUCCUCUUUGGGGCCUAGACUUCCUCACACCUACCCAUGGGCUCUUCAAGGAUCGAUUAGACACAGAAGUCGAACAUGUUCCCAGGGAUGCAACGAAGAUGGAUGUCAAGCGAAAUUUCUUGCCGAUUCUCACGGCUCUAGUGAAAGGCGCAAGAUCUAGUAAUUUCACCAUGGCCGACAUCCAACAAACUACUCGAGCAUUGGUGAACCUCAAUACGUACUUUUCGGAAUCUAAGCACUGGGGAGCAAUUUGGACGAGUGAUACGGUAAAAGAUGCGUGGCGCAGUCUGUGGAUUAGCCAGGAUUUGGUCAGCCCAACCCCUUCUGAAUCAUGGUUCCGGACGGAAAUACCGACAGUAGCUCAGCUUGAUGCUGCCCUGGACUUGUGGUACCGGUAUCUGUUUAUAUUCUCGAUACCGAUACCGGACCGUGUACCGGCGAUAUUCCAGUCCUCCCACCAUAGUGUUAGUGCCUCCUACGGUAUUGUGUGCAAAAUCAAGCGCGGGUGCACACUACAAAUUUGGGAUCAUGCCAUAAGUUGGCGGGAAACCAAUCUAUAUCUUUCUUCGGAUCUCUGUGCCAUGGCGCCCUUCGUACGGAACGCUUUGUUGGGCCUUAUGCGGAUCACGAGCCAGUUGAUCCUCCACCAUGCAGAUACUAUUCUUCCUUGCGCCGACUUCUUUAACCCUGGGUGGGAAGUAGAAAUUGGCAGCAGCCAGGGUCGUCUUGAGCAUCGAAACACCUUCCGGAGAAAAAUUGACCCUGUCGUCAACGGCAUCCCAGACAUGACUAAAUUUGCCCCCAUUAAGGAGAUCAAAUCAAAAUUGCCAACUGUUACCAUGCUGUCUCAUGUUUGGUACGCAAAAGAUAUUAAAACAGCUAUUCUGGCUGCAGAUAUUAUCGUUAAUGAAUGGGGCUUUACUGACUAUCGACUUGACAUCUACGGCGCAAUUGAUAAAGCCCCUUCGUACUCAACGGAUUGUUUUGAGAUUAUAGCAUCUAAAUCUCUACCUCGAUUUGUUACGAUGUGUGGAGAAGCAAACCCUACAACCGUUCUCGAAAAGACAUGGGUAUUCCUCAAUUCAUCGAUAUCCGAAGGCCUUCCUCUGGCUCUUGGGGAAGCAGCUCUCACUGGUGCCCCAGUUGUAUGUACGGACGUGGGGGCCUCCCUACGCGUCCUUACUGAUCCAGAUACGGGGGCCUGCUACAGCGCUGUUGUAGCGCCGAACGAUGCACGUAACCUAGCGCGAGCACAAGUCAAUUUCCUAGCCUUGCUUGACGAGUGGGCACCGUACGCAGAAGACCCUGAGGGGUUUGUCGCUCCGACCAUUCCCGACCAGCCUACCGCAGAUGACGUUGCCAAAAUUACUCAACGGAUGUACGAGAAGACCGAACAAAGAAGAGCUCUUGGAAUGAGAAGCAGGGAGAUCGUCCAGAAGUCAUUUGGGGGGGAAAGGUAUCUUCGCGAGCACGAGCAAAUGCUUUGGAUUGGAAAGGCACGAUAUGAUCUGCUCAGAGCGCCAAAACAGAAAAAGCCAGAGCGUCGGCCAGCAAACCCUGAAUUGCAAAUACCCAGCAACGUCUGGGGAACUGCGUCUCUCGGGCCUAAUUCCGCGAUUGAACGCCGAGCUCCUGCAAGCUCAGUACAAACAUCGAGCAUGAUGGUGAGCUCAUUGGGAGCAACGACCCUAAUGUCACCUGGUAUUAGGAGUCUGUUUGAUGGCGCGGGAAGCGGAGCGUAUCGUACGAGUGGGAGUAGAGCCUCGACUUUGUUCGCCCCAUCUGCUGUACAGCAAACCCCGAUCAAGAAGGUCAUGCCGGCUCGAGUCACGGUAUUGGCGAGAAGUGGAGGUUAUGAUUCCUCGGAAGGAUCCUCUCAGGCAUCUCUGAAGAUGAAGCCAUUUGUGCAAGAUACUUUUAUUCGCGACAUCACUGUAGCUCUUGAGCGAGUGUGA